CUUCAUAUGCAACCCUGCAUUUCGAUUUGCUCUGAUCGCGCAAAGGUAACAAAUAUUUGUUGAUUGUCAAUUUGUGUGCAAUUAUUAUUAUACAAUUUACUGUAAACCUGUUGUAUAACUUUUAAAAAGCGUGCAAAAUUUGUGAACAAUUUGAGCAAAUGUAAAAUCCCUAUUAAAAGUAUCGAAUUUAAUGUAUGGAAUUCUAAUACGCAGAGGCAACAGGUCUGUCUGCAUGCCACACGACGCAGAUAAGCUUGCUCAUCAGUAGGGCAACAAAAGGCUGGUAGUUGAAAACAAUAAGGCAACAACUACAAUUACUCCAACAAUAUUAACCACAUCAAUAACACCAGCCAAACACACCCAGCUUUAAUACAGUGGUUAUAUUAGCCAAAUUAUUCAAAACUCUGGCAGUGACGCCGACGCCAACCGCGAGAACGACGACAACGUCAACAAUAUCGCUGGUGGCGCUGUGCCGUUUGUUCGCCAUAAGUUUGGAAUAACAUUAGCAUUAACGAAUGUUGGGAGUGCGACCGGGACUUGUGGUUUGUUAAAUUCCCGUUGUGCAUAAAUUCAGCGAGAGCUUGGCAUGUGCAACCGGUGUAGAGAUAAUGUGUAGUAGGGUAAAUCGUCCAGCGAUAAAUGAUGUGAGAAAAUUGCGAAAACAAAAAUAAAAAAAGUAAUAAAAGUAACUGAUUUAAGUGCUAUCUGCUUGGCGUGCAGCGGUAAGUGCUGUAGUCACUUACAAUGCUGACGCUCCUCGGUGAGUGUCAUCUGUGGAGUUUACGGGAUGAAGUGCGCAUCAAAUCAACCGAUCUGGGAGCCUUCCGCUACACACGCAAUCGAGAAGUUCAACAGCAGAAUACUGAGUUGAUGGCGCUCGCUAAGCGAGACUAUAUCGAACGACGCAGUGGUAUUACGGUGCUGAAAAAUAGUCGCAAGGCUCCAGGUCGCUUAAAGGAUAACAUUAAAAGGUUAGAGGAAUUACUGCGAACAUAUAAAAUCGUGCACUCCGAAUGGCGAGAUGCAGCACAAGUGCUCCUGCUCUUUGCAAAUGGUAUUAUUGCGCACAUUUGCGUGGACGCAGCAACAGGUGACAUACUGCGUAUGGUUUAUGAGAAAUACUUCGUUGGUAAGCUUGCAUCGGAAGUCAUCACCGAUGCGUUUUUCACACGUUCCCACAUCGUCUUGGCCUACAACACGAACCAGUUGACGGUGGUGCAUUUGCAGAAACCGAAUACACGGCAGCAAGGGCCUGAGAAAAUUAACAAUAUGGAUCCGCGCAUAUUUCAUGUGAUAAUACCGGGACCGUCGGAACGAAAAUUGUCACGACAUCUAACGGUGAACAGCAGUGCAGAUCUAUUUGUCAUAUGGACGAAAUCCUCACAAAAUGAAGUUUAUCCUUGGCGACCAACGAUACGCGAUCAAGAUCGGGCGAAUAUACACGUGUUUAAAUUAAAAGGAAUGCAAAUUGAGUCCGUUUCGUAUUGUUGGUCUGAAAAUGAUCCGCUCUCUGUGGAUUUCCUACGUUCAGCCGAAAGUCAAAUUCUCACCGUAGAGCAGAAAGUGUCACGAAAGGGUGAAAUAUCUGCCGAAGUAUGUACCUACGAAAUAAACUCCGGUAAAAUGCAACGCGCCACAGUCACAUCAAUUUCAAUGGGUACUCAAAUCUGCUGUCACGCCUUCAGUCCGGAUCAAGAGAAACUGUUCUUGGGCUCGAUCGAUCGCAAACUUUGCCUACACGAUUUAGUGCAGCAAGUCACAAAAGUUGCCUCACAAAUUGACAUCAUACCCACACAAUGUGCCUGGCACUCGGAUAGCAGCAUUGUUAUGGUCGCCAAUGAGCGUGCACAAUUCCAAUGUUUUGACCUCGCCCUAACGGCAGUGGGUAAUCAGUUGCAGAGCGAAGAUGUCACUCCACUGAAUUUAUUGGAUCUUUCACACUACUUCACCAUACAACCAACACUGCUGCGUAUUACCUUUAGCCGCAAGCCUGAUAUGUCACAGCAUUCAUUGCCUUAUGUGCAAACCGAUUGUUUGCUACUAUUGCAUUUCGAGCAUGGACCAUUAGGUUGUUUGCGACUUUUUGCUGGCGCCGGUAUGCGUGGCGAUAUACACAAUUCGGGCCUGACCGCUGAUGUUUUAGUUGACAAAUAUUUGUCGCUAAAUCAACUGGAGAAAGCGGUAAAUCUGCUGGUGGCGCUCAACUGGGAAACAUACGGGGCGAUGUGUUUGAUAUCACUGCACAAGAUUGCGAAUCAUGUCUUCUAUCGUGGCGAUGCGAAACGUGUGCGAGUGGAAUUGUUGGGAAAAGCGCUAAAGACAUUCACCGAUGAACUUUCCGAAGAGACAAAAGAUGAGUUCAGCGACCAAGUCUUCGAUCUGAAACGACGAUUUUUCUUUUAUCUACUGCGGAAACAUAUGUACGCAGAGGCUUUUGAAGUCGCCGAGGAUAUUGAAGACUAUGACCUGUUUAUGGAUCUAUUCAAUGUAACGAAAUCAAAUACGAAUUUAAUUGAAUUCUCAACAGCUGCCUUCAGCCAAGCUGCGACUAUACUGCACGAAGAGGAGGGUCAUGGCAAUGGCGUAGGUGGCUUAGCAAUUAGCAACCUAAGUCUGAUUGCCGAUUAUCGUUCGGAAUCCGUUUGCUCGCAAUCAACGUAUUCCGAUCUACAAAUUCUGAAGAGAAGUAAACUACAACACAACAACUACACAAAAGAACAUUCGAAAAACUAUGUGCCACCCUUGCCAUCAUUUAAAUCGAAAAUAUUCAACGCCGAAAUGAUAAAAAUUAAUAUUCCAAAGCCAGAACUACGCAUGGAAAACACGCAAGAAACAUUGCGCACACGCCCGCCACCACCACCGCUCCCAUUGCCAUCGCUGCGCAACAUUAAGGUUUCACAAAAUACAAUGAUUGCGACAGGUACAAACAGCACACUGGCCGAGCUAUCCAUGAAGAGUGGCAGCGACUUGAAUAAUGCUGGAAGUGGACAUAUUGCUGCCCCAGCUGUUACCCUGUUACCUUGGCAACAGCAAUUGCCAGCAGAUGCUAAGGCGCCAAACUGUACACCACCGCAUACCGCUACAAUGCUACCACGGAUCCCUACUAAUAGCAACAAUGCCCAUGUGCUGGCAUCUGCGAAUUCAGCGCAUGCACAACCCACCUCCACAACUUUCGUGCACCAUGCUUCACCGGCUGUUGUGGCUGAAAGCUCCUUGCCAUUACCACAGAAACAUAUGCAAUCGCUUCCACCGCCAGUGCUUACGCAAACUUCUGCUGUUGCUGCCAUUGGGUUGCAAUCUGGUAUUUAUAAACCAAAGUACUAUCAGCACCCUUUGGUAUCUGGCACAAUACCACCUACUUUGGCGGCGACGAGUGAGGAUCAUCAAAAGCGUUUGUUACAAAAAAAGCCCACCGCAUCAAUACUAUCGAACAGUUCCACACAACAACUGCAACAAAAUGGUGGUAAUUUGGUCAACGGUGGCAAUGGUACACCGCUUACAAAUGGUAUGCAUAAAGAGUUGCACAGUGGCGGUGGAAAUGGUCGCAAUGCUGCCGGCGAGAAGAAUAAAGUAAAGUUCUCCGACACGGUACAGGUCGCUGUUGUGCCAGAGAUCCCACGUAAGGAAAAGCCACAACCACCGAAACGUAAUGGCUAUUCACGUCCUUUGUCGCGCAACAUAACAAAUCCGAAAAAAGAACUAGCCGAUAGUCUGCCACUGUGUCAUCCCCACGAUGAAUAUUUAAAAGAUUUUAAUCCUUUAUCAGCAGCCGAAGAAAUGCCUCGUCCGCCAAUAAAGUCCAAUAAUCGUGAAGAAGCCUCAAAGUCGCGCAAACCGAACACUACUUCGCAACCAGCCAUUAAAGUGGUCCAUUUCGGAGUGGUUUAACAUAUCAUCUCUGUUUCAUAUUUCCGCUUUGGCGCUAAAGGUGCUAGCACAAUAAAAACAUUGCAAUAGAAGCUGUGCUAAUAAAACAUCGGUUUAUGCUGUAUAGAUUUAAGUACUCCACAUUUUUUGACACUCCAGCACGAAAAGUAAAAGUUUGACUUCUACUCUUAGCUAAAGAUGAAUCAAAAGUCGAUUAAGGAAUUCCAUUGCCGUCCAAUAGUGAAAGCUUUAAAUAGUACAUUCCAUUUAGAAAUAA